AUGGUCAUAUUAGUUGGCAUUGGAUUCGAGCAUAAUUGUAAAGUUCAAUUGCGGGUGAAUUCUUCGACAUUAAAAGUGGUCACUGCAAUGGAUGUGGGCAUGGUGGCGCUAACGUGUGUUGCUGGCAUCGUUUGCGGGCUUUGCAGCGUGAAAUCAACGCAACAGCUCAAUUUGCGCUUAAGAAAGUUAGACGAGUCUUUGCAAUUCUUUUUGAAUCACGAAAAUGAUCGCUUCGCAUCAAGAAUACUGGCCACAGUCCCAGCAACACUAUUUGGAGCACUAAUAAGUUAUGAUUAUUUUGUAUGGAUGCGUGUUGUGCCAGAACACUUUCUUGAGGCCACUUUCAACUGGUAUUUACCAUUUUAUGGCAUUUAUUUGAUCUUAAUUGGAAGCCACAUUUUAUAUGCUAGUAAUGCUUUAGGAUUAGGUAGACGUUUUCGUCGUUUGAAUACUAUAUUGAAAAGCCGCUUCUUGUUGGAACAGAAAAGUUGCUGUAAAAUGAAGAUUUGGGUAACUAAUUUAACAGCGGAUCAAGAACUAUCAUCGUUCCACAAAUUUGAUCGGCUGAAAACUCAACAAUUCAAACCGACUGUUGAACUGUUAACGUUACUAGUCGAUAAUUACGAAUCGCUGUAUAAGUGUGUGGAAAUAUUUUCCAAAUACAAUCGAAUUUCACGAUCUUUUAUUAGCGCCUUCGGUUUUGCUGUGCUUUGUAACCUGAUCUCUUGCGCGCUACAUCUAAUCAUCACUGGACAUUUUCUGAUUAUAGCUUUGGACGAUGUUUCUAUAACUUUAUACACGUGUAAUCAGUUGUUGUGGAUUACAAUGCAUGUAUUCAGAUUGUUAUUGGUGGUGGAAGCUUGCCACAAAGCGACAGUCGAGUCAAAGAACACCAUACAUAUAAUUUCCGAAAUUAAUCGCAAAAAUGAUGACCAAGCACUAGCAAAUGAGUUUCAAAAGUUUUGGCAACACUUAAGUGUUUACGAUGUAAAAUUUUCGGUUUUGGGGAUCUGUAAUAUUGAUAGAAAUAUAUUGACAGCGUUUACCUCAGGAAUUGCUACAUAUCUUUUUGUUGUCUUACAAUUUCAAAGCACCAGAGGCUAA